UGCCAGCCAGACUGUCCCGAGGUUUCUCCCUUUCUGGUGGCCUUGAAGAAUUCGAUUUCGCCGUUGAAGCCCUCCACCCCCGUUCUUCAAACCGCAGUAAGUCUCUUUUUCGUCUGAUUUGACACCUCGUGCCUUCCAGAGCGCUCGCGGCAUCUUUGACGCAGCGCGAAGUCAUGGCCCCACCAUCCUACAACGAUCUUGGCAAGUGCGCCCGGGACCUUUUCAACAGUGGCUACCAUUUUGGACUUCUGUCCCUCAACCUUAAAACAAAGACAAAGAAUGGUGUGGAGUUCACAUCUGGUGGCAAUGCUGCCCACGACACCGGCAAGGUGACAUCCUCAUUACAGAGCAAAUACAACGUCAAGAAAUACGGUCUCACAUUUGUGGAGAAAUGGAAUACAAACAAUGUAUUGACCACCGAGGUGUCCAUGGAGGAUUACCUGGUCAAGGGACUGAAGGUUGCAUUUGACAGUUCCUUUGCUCCCCAGACAAGUAAAAAAUCUGGAAGCAUUUCAUCUGCAUUCAAAAAUGACUGCUGUGCUCUUAACUGCAAUGUUGACCUGCUGAAUGGUGCUCCUCUUGUGUUGGCUUCAUCGGUUAUUGCUUACAACGGCUGGUUGGCUGGUUACCAAACUAAAUUUGAUGCUCAAAACACCAAGAUCACCAUGAACAACAUUGCUCUUGGCUAUUCCACCAAUGAUUUCACUUUCCACACCAAUGUAAAUGAUGGCCAGCAAUUUGGCGCAUCUCUGUACCAGAAGGCACGACCUGAUCUGGAGACUGGUGUCCAGCUCUCAUGGAAGAUGGGUUCCAAUGACACAACCUUUGGCCUUGCCUGCAAGUACCAGCUCGACUCUGAUGCAUCUGUGCGAGCUAAGGUCAACAACAACAGCCAGAUUGGUCUUGGCUACCAACAGAAACUGCGAGAUGGUGUUACCCUUACUCUGUCUACAAUGAUCGACGGCAAGAACUUCAACCAGGGUGGUCACAAGCUUGGUCUUGCUCUUGAGUUCUCCGCCUAAGCAUGACUAAAACCACAAAAUUGAGAUAAUUUUACUAGUGAAUCAUCCACAAGUAGGGUAAAAUUAAUGUUUUAGUUAUACCUGCUGUUGUGAAAUGUGCAGCUCUUAAAAGCUGCCUAGUGAACCUUUGCAUUGUACAUUGUCUCUUGUCGCAAAGUAUUGAUUGCUGCAACCAUUUUGCCGUUCUUUUAAUUCAGCGUGAUAUCAGUGCUAGCUCUUGUGGCAAUAAAUGGAAGGAAGUAUUUUUAUCCCAUGAGGAAACUGUAAUUUUAUUCUUAAUUUGUUUUCAACACUUGAUAUUGUAAGUGUCCUAUACAAUUUUCCAAUGUAAGCUUUUCACUGCUUUAAAAGACAUUACAGGAGAAAGCAUGA